CUGUGACGAUGAUAUGAUGAUGAUGACGAUGAUGAUCGUCAACGAUGUUGAUCAUGAUCUGUUGACAUAGUCCACAUAGUCCAAUGUAUCUAUGUAAUCUCAAACUUUGCUGACUAUAUGGAUUACAUCAUUGUCUAAAACUAUUGCCAUGUAAUAUGAAAUGUUUCUACUUAAAAGAGAUUAGUGAACAGUGAUUUAUGACAGAUUUUGCUGUAAUUUGUUGCCCCUUAAUUACUCCUCCCAAUACUAAUCCAAAUUAUUUGUCUUGCUCUAUAGAUGGUUGGACAGACGUUACGAUCGUGAGGUCAAGUGGGAUUACCCAGAUUCACCUAGUACAGGGAGAUUAACACAGAUGAAUGAGGAUUACAGGCUAAUAGAGAGGUAGGCUGAGAGGUUGGACUAAUCCUUACAUUGAAUCACUGUCUUCCUAAGAAAGCCGAGAUGUGCGGGAAGAACAGAAUAUGUCCUGAGAAAAAGGAGACAGGAGAGAAGGAUUAGAGGAUGUAUAAAACGUGGUGAAAUUGAAGCGUUCCUCUUCCAGGACACAACUGUAUAACAGCGAACACAUGUCAAUUCCAUGUCAUGAAGCUGGAAACAUGGGAUGUCGCAUUCAGACGAAAAAUGUAAUAAUUUAAGAAAAAUGUAUUAAUUCAAUUUUUUCUUCUCAAAUCUAAAGAUGAAAAGCUCUCUGCCUGAUUGCCUCAGUUCAAUGACUGCGUUGAUUUGCUAAUUAAUCAUCACAAGUCGUUAUCGAGUGACCACAGCUGGAUCAGCGUGUAAAGGGUGGAGGAAUAUCGAGAGGACUCGUUGGAGUAGAGCAUGGCAGAGGCUAGAGGCUAGAGGCUAGAGGCUAGAGGCUAGAGGCUAGCUAGCCCUCAUCCGCAUCCAAUCCAUCUGUCUCGCUCGACCGCGAGUAAAUCCUCUAAAUUCCUUUGUCCCCUGACUCCGUGUUUUAUCUAUUACAUCUUCUUCUUCUUCUUCUUCAUUCCCUCCCUUUAUCCUGCCUCUGCCUAAUCUCCUCUCCUCCUCUCAUCCCUCCAUCCCAUCAUUUGCUCACAGUUUCCUAAUCCCACUCCCCAAAACCCUCCCUCUGUCAAUCCCCCUCCCCACUCCCAUUUCUCCACUCUAUAUCUCUCCAUUCCAUUCCCCUCAUUCUGCCGUGUCAUUGAGUUCCCCCACAGUUCCCUCCUCAUCAUUGUCAAUGCCCUCGCUCUAGCUGGUCUCUCCUCGGUCCUCUGCCAUCCCUGCGUCCAUCCUCGAGCCAGCACCCUCACCCUGUUUCACCAUCCUUCGUCUCAAGCUCCUCUUGAGACACCCCGUCUCUCGCUUCUCUUUCCUGCCUGUCUCCCACCUCUCUGUCUCUCUAUUGGUGGGGCAUUAUUUCUUCUCGCAGUGGCCCUCGCCCCACUCCCAUAAUCCACCAUGCUGGAGAACAUGUCACGAUGCAACCGCUCCCUGCUCUCUUUGUCCCUGACUUCGCUGGCCCUGGCACUGUCCAUUCUGGCCUUUUGCACCUCGUACUGGUGCGAGGGGACCCACAAGGUUGUCAAGCCCCUCUGCCUCUCCCCGGUCAAGUUGAAGAACUGCGGGCAGAACAACAGCCAGCCCUACACCACAGAGAGUCCCACUAUGGACCCUAAGAAGCCGGCAAACAACGUCACCUUGUCGCCCCAGGAAAAGGAAGAGCAGGCGAGGCUUCAGAAAAAGGCCCUUGCCAACGCAGUGCACUACAUCUGGGAGACGGGCGAGGACAAGUACAUGCUGCGCUACUUCCACACAGGUUUCUGGUUGUCCUGUGAGGCACACAAUGAGGAGGAGAAGUGCCGAAGCUUCAUUGAAUUGACUCCAGGGGAGACACAAGGGGUGCUGUGGCUGUCAGUAGUAUCAGAGUUCGCGUACAUAGGCCUGUUGGCCAUGGGCUUUCUCCUCAUGUGGGUGGAGGUGCUGUGUCUCUGUGCCCAUAAGGAGAUGUACGCUCUCAAGAUCAACGCCUUUGCCGCUAUAUGCACUGUCCUUUCAGGUCUGAUGGGAAUGGUGGCUCAUAUGAUGUACACCACAGUGUUCCAGUUGACUGUGAGCAUUGGGCCAAAAGACUGGAGACCACAAACCUGGGACUACGGCUGGUCAUUUGCUCUGGCCUGGAUCUCCUUCAGCUGCUGCAUGGCGGCGGCUGUCUUCACCCUCAACUCCUACACCAAGACGCUGAUAGAGAUGAAGCACCGCGUCCGCGUUCGUCUGGAGGAGGCCCGGGCGGCCAUCCAGGCACCUUCCUAUGACGAGGUGUUGCAGGCGGCCGGGGGCAUCUACUCAGGCAGCAGCCUGCUCCAGCACUGCCAUCAGGGGGCGUUGAUCGACCCCAUGUGUGAGGGAAGGGGGCCGCUGGUGGGCCCGGGGGUUCCAGACCCCAGAGGGCUGGUGGUGAUGGCUGGUGGCUGUGGGACAGAGGGGUGCGAGGACUGCGAGAGGGAGAUGGACGAGAUUGAGGACGCCCUAGACAGGGAAGAGAGGGAGGAGAUGGAGAGAGAGGACUGUGAGAGGUGCUGAGGGAAGGGAAGAGGAGGCGUUAAAAAGGGGUUCUGGCCAUCUGAAACUUUUUUCUUUUUUUAAACUGUGAAAUGGACUUUUCUCGAUUUCAGUCAUUGCAGUGAUAAUUAUUUCAGUACCUCCAUCCAUGCAUUAAAUCUGAGUAGCUAAAGCUCUGUAAAACCAAGCACAGAGAGUGAUAUGUAUUGUCCGGGUAGAGAUCAAUAUAGACAAUCACUAAGAAAUGCCUAGCAUUGGCCACAUUUAACAUGUAUAAUAUAUCUCACUUUUAUUCUAUGCAUUUAUGUUAACCCUGUUAUUACUAUCCUGAUUGUAACUCGCCAUCAUGUCAGUUUUCAUGUCAUGUCAGUUCUUCUACAUAAACUGGACAGAUCCUGGGAAUUGUCUGUUGGGACAACUGUCUCAAUAUCUCUAGUUGAUGUCCAAAAAUAGAUGAUUUUAUCUUGUAGUUAAAUGAAGAUUGAGUCAAAGAUUACAUUAAAAAAAACAGGGAGCUUUGGAGGUUAAUAAGACAGAUGCUUUCAAAUGCAGAAGAUUAUGUCAAUUAUCUCCCCAGUCACAGGUACAAGAGAGAGAGAGAGUCUAUGCCUUCACUAUGG